AUGGUACUGCAUCUGCUGGGUAAGAAGUCUUGGAAUGUAUACAACAGCGACAACGUCGAGCGCGUGCGACGGGAUGAAGCAGAGGCCAAAGCGUGGGAGGAAGCUGCUGAGCAGCGCAUGCAGGAGGAAGAUGCACAGCGUAGGAUAGCUUUACUGCGCGGUGAGAAGGUGGCACCGUUGGUCGAGGACGUUGAACCGCCGAAGCAAGACGACUGGCGAAGAUUCAAGCACGACGAUACGUAUGACAGGAGAGAUCGCAAGCGGAGACGGCUUCGAGGCGAGGAUGAUACGGAUCGCGAUAUACGAUAUGCGAGGCAAGACACAGACACCGGGAGCCGGGCCACGCAGGAAUUGCUGAAGAGGAAGGACAAGGAAGCGCCGCUGCAAGAUCAUGCUGGCAAUAUUCAGCUCUUCCCAGCUCCGGACGAGAAAGCCAUUCGGGCUACGCAGAAGAAUGAGGAGGUGGAGGCGGAGAAGGCGAAGAAGCGGAGAAGGGAGGAAGAUCAGGUAACGAUGCGCUUCAGCAAUGCAGCUGGAUAUCAGAAUGGCAUGCAGAAGCCUUGGUAUGCGGAAAGCGACAGGAAAGUUUCGACCACGAGCUCCGACCCGAUUGAGUCACGAAAUGAGCUGAUGCUGGCGGAGCUCAAAGGCAAAGACGUCUGGGGCAAUGAAGAUCCACGACGAAAAGAGCGAGAACAGAGUCGCAUCUCCUCCAACGACCCUUUCGCGGCGAUGCAGUACGCGCAGAGGCAAUUGAAGCAGAGUGAGCGGGACAAGGAGGCCUGGCACAGGAGACAGCAAGCUGAGAUGGAGCAGUUGAAGCUAGAGCAAAAACGCGAGAAAGAUGAACGGCGGCGACGACGAAACGACGAUGAUGAGGACAGUCUGAAUGGCUUCAGCCUGGACGCGCCGGUCGAAGAGGAGCGUGGUCGUGAUAGACAUCACAGGCAUCGGCACUCGCGACAUCGAAGUCGUUCGAGGGAACGCGAGCAUCGGCAUCGACACGGCAGUCGAAGCCGCUCAAGAGAUCGCGAGAGGCACAGCAGUCGGCGGCAUCAUCGGCAUCAUGGAGAUAGAAAGCGCGAUUGA